ACUCUCAUUUGAAAAGAAGAAGAAAACUCACUUUUUAGAACAAAAAUUAUUAGUGUCCAAUUAUAAAAUUCUCCUGUCCCCACUAAUUAACCAGUAACAUUCUCAAGCUAUAUAUAAAGACCACUUUGAAUUCCCCAAAACUUUAAGAAGCAAUAACCAAACAAAGCAAAGCAAAGCAGAGAGAGGACAUUUUGAUUUAAAGCUUUUGUCAAAGAAUAAAAAAAUGUCUGCAAAUGAGUUACCUGCUUCAGCUCAAUCCUUCCAAGAACAAUUACUUGGCGGUUAUGUCUCUAGAAAGCUUCUUCUGCACAACCCAUUUGACCACAACUCUCAACGAGACUUGGCAGUUGCACCAUCUCCUCUCAUAACCGAUGAGAACAAUCUCAGACGAAAUGUUCUGAUGCUUCUCUCAGUCCUCAUCUGUGGCAUCAUAUGUUGCCUUGGGUUACAUUACAUUAUUCGUUGUGCAUUCACACGUUCUUCAAGUUUCAUGAUCUCUGAGCCUAUAUCUAGUCUUUCAACACCACGAGGCUCAUCAAACAAAGGAAUCAAGAAGAAAGCUCUUAAAAUGUUUCCAAUUGUGAGUUACUCACCUAAGAUGAACCUGCCGGGGGUUGGCGAAGAGUGUGUCAUUUGUUUGUCGGAUUUUGUUUCUGGUGAACAACUCAGGCUGCUCCCCAAGUGCAACCACGGGUUCCAUAUUCGUUGCAUAGAAAAGUGGCUUAAACAUCAUUUGACUUGUCCCAAAUGCAGACACUGUCUGGAUGAGACAUGCCAAAAGAUUUUAGGUGACUUCAGCCAAGCUGAUUCAGUUGCGACAGCACCCACAGAGAGUGUAAUUGUCAGGGUUGGUCUUCUAGAACCUGAAAGUAGAGAAAACCCUUUUAGAGAAAGCAGCUAGAUUGUAAGAAAGGUAGAAAACAUGAUCAAUUAAGAAUUUGUCAGCAGUUAGAUAGGAGAUAUUAUACUCUUGAGCAAAAUUUAUGUCUUUAGCCAUAGAAGGGUUUCCUAAAAUAGAAAAAAAUCAUAGGAUACUUCUAAUUUUCUAAUGUCCUUUUUUGCCUGUAGCAUUAAGUGUAUACAGAGAGAAUAUAUGAUAUAUCUCACUUUCCAAUAGCAUCUCACGAGUUCAACAAAGUUCUUUUGGCAAAGUUAUCUUUUACGGUGGAAUGUGAAUUAUGCAUUCUUAUCCAAAAACAUUAAGAAUCAUCUACAACCAAAGCUUGAUAAGUGCUAGUCAUAUUCUUAUGAGUUAUAAUCAAUCACUACAGAGAACCAAAAAAGUCACUAGACAGAACCAAUGGUUUCAGACCAGACCAGACCUCAACAAGUAAUGAAUGCCAAGGUUUAUGCACAGAAGCAGUGUCUAGCAUAUAGAAGAUGCAUUUACAGACCAGACCUCAUCACGUGUACGCUUAAUACAGAAAAAUGCACAAAGUUGGUGAACAAAAAAUGAAUGUAUCUACUUGACACAACCCAUAUAACUCAAAAUCGAUCAACACACAUGAGUCACCGAGAUAGCAAAUAACAUUUCAUAUGAUCCUUCCCGACAAUGAUAACGAAAUCUACUCUGCCGUAGGAACACGGACCCAACCAACCUAAGUUUCUGGGUAAAAUUCGGACCUGAAAGCUACUUUGGGGGUAUGUAUAGUUUUGUAAGAUAUCAAGUUCAGUUACAGUAAACUUUGUCUUCCUAGUUGCUCAACCACCAGUCAUGUACCCAUCUUAUGGGAUCUAACUUCGACACCAGACAUAUCUAUGCCAUGGUACACUGACAAAAAUGUAGAGUUGAUCUGUAGUUACCAUCCUGGUCGAGAGAAUCCAUCCCCAUAAGUCCCACACCAAAAUCUAAAAAGAGGGUGUGAAGUAAGAUAAGUGAGAAAUCCUUCACCAUUGUUAAACCAAACACGGUUAAACUUCCAAAUGAUUCUCAUCACAAGCCUCUCCAUCUGAGGGUUGAUAUAUUUUGAUGCCUCAAAAUUCACUCACACUUUAUCUUAUCAUAUUGGUACUAAAGUUUGUAUCGUAUCAUAGUGAUGUUCUGUCUAAUGUAAUAUACUUUAUAAUUCUUUUUUUCUCCACAACAAGCGCACAUCUUGGGUAUUGUACAGUAUCAGUGCUAUCUCGUAGUGUGAAAACAGAAGAAAAACUACAAAGUUGGCCUAACUGGAUUCUAUCUCUAUGACAAGAAAAAAAAAUAGUGCAGAUAAAAUAAAAAAUGAAUACAUGAAGUGUUCAACUAGAUAUAGGGAUAUUUAUAUAUACCAGUUGAUAUCUUAGUUAUUUUCAUCGAUUUUCACCAAAUACCAAACUCGGAAUCCUGAUCACUGGGUGAUUCACAACCAGCUAAACAAGUUGGUAUCAAGAACCUAUUGUUAAAAAAUAACUAAUAUUGAUUGAGGUAAGGACCACAUGUUCUAACUACGAGAUUUUGGAGAUCCUACAGUUAAAAAAAAAAAAAAGGGAGCAACAUGUCACAAACAAGGUUAUCAAAACAAAACACAUGUUAUAAACAAAUGAUGCUGCAGAUAGGGCUUAAGAUCCUAGGCAUUUCUGAUUGGAUAAGAUGUACAUCAAGUGUUGAAAAGUUCAAUUAAUAAGCACAGCCCCACUUAAAAAAAAGGAAGCUUAAUAAAAAUUGCGGAUGUCCACAAAAAAUAAGAGUUAUUGGUUAAUAACAGAAGACUGUGGUUUACAGGUAACAUAUGUCCAUUACACGUAUCUGAGGAAUAUCAGAUGGUAUCAGAUAAUAUCUGGUAAAUAUGCUAUUGAGAUUGUGAAAACUACAACAAAUUAUUUUUUAAGUACAACUUUCUCGGCGAUAAAUCGCAGAUUUAGCAUAAGUAAUGACCUUACUGCAACAACUAAUGGUUUAAACUACUCUCUCAACAAUCUAUAACUCUGCUUUCAAUAAACUACUCUGGAACAACCGUAGGACAUCAACAGAUGUUAAGAUGUUAUUAAAACAAAAGAUGUUCAGAUUUCCGCUACCAUUCAAGUCCCAUUACUAUAUGCUCUACUAUUAACAGCGUUAAAAGUAACAACAGUGAUUAAAGACAGAAGCACUAGAGGACAAAUGAGAUGCGUUGGAAGAUAAUGUUUAAAAAGACUAUCUUAGUGCUUUAAGAAAAUCCCGGGCCACUUGUUGGACUAAAGACAUCGAUCAGUAAGAUAGAUUCAUGUCUAACCUUUUUGUAAUAUAAGAAAUAUCGUAGUUAUAAUUCAGAACAGUGCUAAUAAAAUAAUGGAGAAA